AUGGCCUACCGAGAAACGUCUCGAGUCUACCAUGACGACGACUUUUACGAUGAAGAUGCCUACCGAACCACCACCGUUCGUCGGUACAAGGUGACGCCGAGCAGAGUCGGUCGCGUCGAUGCUGACGAUGAUGACCGCCGCUCCCACUAUUCCUCUUACCCUGCCCGAAACUCUGGCGACCUUUUGCCCCUAGACACCCGCGACCGCGACCGCGACCGUGCUUACGCUCCCGAUCGACCCCGCUCUGCAUUUGAGCCUCGGGAUGACCUCGAUCGGUUGCGCGACAGAGACCGUGACAGCUUCCGAGAUGGCCGGACAGUAGUCUACGAACGGGAGCGCGAGGUCGAGCGCGAGAGGGACCCGCACUCUGCUCGUGAUUGGGAUCGCCGUUCCCAUGCACCAUGGGAUAGCCAAGACGCAGAGACGGAGGUGCGUGUCGACAAGCGCGUCGAGCGUCGGGAUGAUGGCGAGAUCAAGGUCGAAAGACGCAUCGAGGAGCGCCGUGAAGACCAUACAGGUCACGGCGGCCCUGAGAUCGAGAGAUACCGAAAGGAAACCGAAUACUACGCCCCUCUGAGCCCGCCACCUGUUCCCCAGGCACCUGUUGUCAUUCAGCGCCCCGCACCCGAGCCGCAGAAAAUUAUCGUUCAAGAGGCGGCACCACCUGCGCCUGUCAUCCUGCAACAACGCGAGAACCCCGGCGUCAUGGUGGUCCGUGAGCGGGAGCAACCGCGUGAAAUAGCCCGCCGGGAACCUCGCGAUGACGAGUACUACUAUCGUCGUGAGACCAGAGACCUUGGCCCCUACCGCCGCGACGAGCGAGAGUACGCUUUGGAACGACGGGACCACCGCGACCGUGAAUAUGACAGGGGCUACGGGAGCGGCGACGAGGAGUACUGGGUCAGGAGGAAAACCAUUAUCAAGGAGCGCUCACCGAGCCCAGACACUCACCGCCGCCAUCUCGCAGGAGGCGCCUUGGCUGGUGCUGGAGUCGCUGCCCUCUUGGCUAGUCGACGCGACGAUCACGGCGAGAUCGCCCCGAACCGUGGUCGCAAGGUCCUGGCGGGCGCCGCUCUGGGAGGUCUUGGCACCGAAGUCUUCAAACGAGCACGCAGCGCGUUUGACGAGCGAUAUGGCGACAAUCGAUCCCGCUCUCGCCAUCGUCAUGAAGACAGAUAUGACCCACGAUACGACGACCCGCGAUAUGACGACCGCCGGUACGAUGAUCGACGAUAUGAUGACCGUUAUCGGUCGCGGAGCAGAUCAUCCUCCCGAUCCAAGAUCAAGACGGGCCUAGGCGUCGCCGCCGCCGCCCUGGCCAUUGCAGGUGCUGCUAAGUACUACCAAAACCAGAAAAUUGACAAAGAAGAGGCGAGUCGCGGACGUAGCCGGACACGUAACCGCAGCUACUCGUCUUCCAGAUCACGAAGCGCGCGCAAAAAGAGCCGCAGCAAGUCCGUUGCCAAGGCGGCAGCUGCCACUGCUGCUGCGACUGGUUUGAUCCAGCACUUCCGCAACAAGUCGGGCUCGCGAAGCAGGUCACGGUCCAAAUCUCGAAUCCGGCAAGGCGCAGAGGUCGUCGCUGCAGGUCUCGCAGGUGGCGCCGCGAGCAAGCUGUGGCACAGUCGCAAGGAUAAGAAGGAGGCUAAGGAACGGGAGCUGAGCGAUGAAGAGUACGAAGAAGAGCAACGUCGUCGAGACCGAGCCGCUCGACGUCUGGUUGAGUACGGCACCGACCCACUCCCUCCUUCGCAGCCCCCGUACCCGACCAACGAUUACGGCUACGAGUCGGCUUCGAGCCAGCGGAGGCGGCGACGCUCACGAGGUCGCGGUGCCGACGAUUAUUCCCCUUCCGGAUCGGAUAAGGGUAAGAAGCGAAGCCGCAGCCGGAUAAGAGACAUGGCGGCAGCCGCUGUCGGUACAGGCGCCGCGGCCAUCGGCAUUAAGGAGUACAAGAAGAAGAAGGAUGCGGAGAAGGAGAGGGAGGAUGAAGCCGCUCGCAGGGCGCGAGAAAGGUCUCUGUCUCGUGACUACUCUCGAGACCGCUCACGAAGGCGAGACGAAGAUCGCAGACGUUACGAAGAAGAAUCGAACCCCAAUCCUCACUAUGACGACUACAGCCGUCCGCCAUCUCCACCACAUGCUUCAGGUGGUGCCUACUACCCUCCGCCCACUGGAUCUGGGUUUUCUCAAAACCAGUCUGUCAAUGACCCGUACCCGCCUUACAGCCCUCACGCGUACACUGGAUUCCCGCCUCCACAGCCGGGCGGGCCACCGACUGCUUCAGGAGCUGCGGGAGGCUUCCCAACGCCAACCCCAGGCGGACCUCCGUUGUCGUAUCCAGGCGGGCCUCCCCCCAUCGGUGGUGGCCCGCCCCCAGCAGGCGGCAGGCUUGGCCCCGAUCAUGUGAGUGAUGACACAUUUCACACCACCACUCCCAAAGACUCAGUCUCCCGAAAUGCGGCGCCGCCGAUUGCCACGCGUGAGGGUGCGUCGAUCUAA